AUAGCUCUUGUUUGUAAAUUUCAAGCAAUGUGAAAGAUGUGUCAACAUUUACACCGAUUUUCCAGAUAGUUCUAUGUAACAUGUCGGAUUACACUGCGCACUUUAUCGAUUAGUUUAUGGCAUUGUCAAACCACUUCAAACAGCGUUUAGCUGUAUGCCUCGAUUUGUGUUUUGUUAUCGGACCAAAGUGUGUUAUCAGUUGUCAAGUUAGCGAUUUGCUUUACUGCUAACGCAUAGCUAACUUACUACAGUUACUGCCAGGUGUUUUCACAGCGGUGUUUCUGGCUUCUACCGGAGAACAGUACUGUUUUGCUGAGAAGAUCUUACAGAAAAAAGCUCUCAAGGAAGAUCCAGAAAGCCAGUACAAAAGAUUCUGAGGUGAAAAGGAUUGUUGAAACGUCUUCACAUUAUGGCCCUGUCUGGAGUGAGAGUCAUCGAGCUGGCAGGCCUGGCUCCAGCCCCGUUUUGUGGCAUGAUCCUGGCAGACUUUGGAGCCAAGGUGAUUCGUGUGGACCGGACAAAGGCAUCAAUGGAUUUGGACAAGCAAGCGCGGGGAAAACUGUCUGUAGCCAUCAACCUGAAAACCCCAAAGGGCGUAGACUUGCUCAGGAAGUUGUGCGUCCAUUCAGAUGUGGUCAUCGAACCUUAUCGUAAAGGUGUGAUGGAGAAGCUAGGUUUGGGUCCACAGGAGAUGCUGAAAGAAAAUCCCCGUCUCAUCUACGCUCGCUUGACCGGUUAUGGACAGACGGGGCUUUAUGCGAAUGCAGCGGGGCAUGACAUCAACUACUUGGCAAUGUCAGGCCUUUUGUCGCGUCUGGGCCGCAGUGGAGAGAAGCCUUACGCUCCAUUGAAUCUGCUGGCAGACUUUGCAGGCGGUGGACUCACCUGUGCCCUGGGGAUUGUCCUGGCUCUGCUGGAGAGGACGAGGUCUGGGAGAGGACAGAUUAUUGACUCUAGUAUGGUGGAAGGCGCAGCAUAUGUUGGUUCAUUUAUAUGGAAAUCUGGUAGCAUUGGUCUGUGGAGUCGUUCGAGGGGUGAGAACAUGCUUGACAGUGGAGCACCUUUCUAUGACACUUACCAGACCUCGGAUGGUAAAUACGUGGCCUUGGGAGCCAUAGAGCCGCAGUUCUACCAACAGUUACUCAAAGGUUUAGAGUUGGAUGACAAAAAGCUUCCUCCUCAGAUGAGCUUCAAUGAUUGGCCUGAAGUGAGACGGAUAUUCACUGAGCGUUUCGCUUCAAAGACCCAAGCGGAGUGGUUGAGGAUCUUUGAUGGCACCGAUGCCUGCGUAACACCGGUGUUGUCUUUCGAGGAAGUGAGCUCACACCCGCAUAACCAAGAAAGAGGUUCUUUUGUGAAGGACUCCUGUGGUGAAGAAAGCCCCCGCCCAGCUCCGGUUCUCUCUCGAACCCCUGCCGAGCCUAACCUCACCUCUGAGCCUGUCAUUGGACAGCACACGGUCAGGGUCUUAGAAGAGUACGGCUUUGCACCAGGAGACAUAAGCAGCAUGUUAGAAGCAGGGGUGAUUGAGUGUAGCGCUAGUAAAGCAAAGUUGUAGCAGAAAAUCAACCCGAUCAUUUUAUUUUAACAUCACAUCUAUUCUCUGAAUGUGUAAGAGACAAAACAAUAAAUAUGUCCAGCCCUAAA